UACUAGAAACUAGGCCGGGCCUAAUGACAGCGAUGGAGUUGUAGAGCUUUACCCCAAGUUAGGCUCUUCGAUUACUCGUAACAUUCUGCAUCAGAGGUUUUCCCAAUCUUUGCUUUCGACAAAUUGAAGACCUUGGCUCUGCUAAUCUCCACUUGAGAUCUUCAAACAGGAAGAAAAUGGGGUUCAUUAUGGAAUUUGCAGAGAAUCUGGUGUUGAGGUUAAUGGAGGACCCAAAAGAGAGGGAUAGAAAAUUCAGAGAACACGUUUACUCUAUGAAGGAUCGAUGCGCAAAAACCAAGGAGAUGUGGAGUUAUCCACUGCGGCCUUAUGGGUUUUGGACAUUUGAGCGCCACAAUGCUCAGCUCCGUUGGGAUCCUCAGAUUAGCCAAGUCCCCGGCCGCAGGGAUCCUUAUGAUGACCUUCUUCAAGACAGUUAUGCGUCUUCCUCCAAACGAAACUGAGGAAUCAGAAGCCAUUAGCAGAUGGUUUGGAGCUUGAUCUACAAAUGGGAAGUGGACAUUGAAACCCUUUUUACUGUUGGUUUGAAUUUAUUUUCAAUUGUGCUACAAAAAGAUUCUGCUUGUUUUGUAGUCUACUUUUGAACAUUUGAGUUGGGACACUGGUUUAUGAAUGAAAAUAAAUUGUCCAUGAAACUCAAUGGGUAAGACUUGUAAGGGAAAUAAAGACUCUGUGUUGGUGAA